UCUGGAUAGGGAGAGGUUGGGUUUCUUAGUUAUCUCGAGGUAGCAAGGCGGUGUAUGAGCAUCUUGCCAUCUCUGAAAAAUGUAGGCCAUUAGCCUUACAUUUUGCCAGCAGCCUCGAUGAAUUUCUAAACGAUCGCAUCGUAUAAUAUCAAACAUGUUUUAAAUCAAGGGCCGUAUUAAAGCGGAUUGUGUGCAUCAGCAGUGAUACAGCAUAUUUACAGUCGACAGCAUCCACAGUGGGAACAGGAUAAAAUGGCUGAUAAGAGUGACCUAAAAGCCGAACUUGAGCGCAAGAAACAGCGCCUUGCUCAAAUCAGAGAGGAAAAAAAGAGAAAGGAGGAAGAAAAAAAGAAGAAAGAGUCAGAGACACAACAAAAGGCCGAAGCUGCUCCUGAGGACUCCGAUUUGGACCGCAAGCGCCGGGAGACGGAGGCUCUCCUCCAGAGCAUUGGAAUCUCACCCGAACCUUCAUUAGUCCCGACACCAAUGUCCCCAUCAAAGUCAAUGAGCACACCCAGCGAGACUGGCAGUCAGGACUCGGUUGAUGGAGCAGCUGCUGGCAGGACCUUGCAGUGGGACACUGACCCCUCUGUUCUUCAGCUGCAGGCUGACUCUGAGCUCGGACGUCGAGCGCACAGACUGGGACCUUCUAAGAUAACUCAGGUGGAUUUCCUGCCAAGAGAGGUGGUGUCCUACUGUAAAGAGACUCAAACACCAUUAGCAGCUCAUCAAUCUGAAGAAGAUGAAGAGGAGGAUGAAGAGGUCACAGAACCGAAAGCCGGCCCAGAAAAUGACCUGCAGGAGGAGGAAGAAAGCAAGGAUACAAAGGAAGGCCACCCGCGGGAGCUGACGGAGGAAGAGAAACAGCAGGUUUUGCACUCGGAGGAGUUCCUCAUCUUCUUCGACCGCAGUAUUCGUGUGAUGGAAAGAGCUUUAGCUGAGGACUCCAACAUCUUCUUUGACUACAGCGGACGAGACCUGGAGGAUAAAGAGGGAGAUCUGCAGGGUGGCUCCAGUCUCUCUCUCAAUCGUCUCUUCUAUGAUGAGCACUGGUCAAAGCAUCGGGUCAUCACCUGUCUGGACUGGUCCCCUCAGUACCCUGAGCUCUUGGUGGCCUCCUACAACAACAACGAAGACGCUCCUCAUGAGCCAGACGGUGUGGCUUUGGUGUGGAAUAUGAAAUUCAAGAAGACCACACCAGAGUACAUCUACCACUGCCAGUCUCCAGUGGUGUCGGUGGGUUUCGCUCGGUUUCAUCCUAACCUGUUGGUGGGUGGCACAUACUCGGGCCAGAUUGUUCUCUGGGACAACCGAAGUCACCGAAGAACGCCGGUUCAGAGGACCCCCCUGUCCGCUGCAGCACACACACACCCUGUCUACUGCGUCAAUGUGGUCGGCACUCAGAACGCCAACAACCUGAUCACUGUGUCCACAGACGGCCGGAUGUGCUCCUGGAGCCUGGAUAUGCUGUCACAGCCUCAGGAGAGCAUGGAGCUUGUUUAUAACAAGUCUAAGCCGGUGGCUGUUACUGGGAUGGCCUUCCCCACUGGAGACGUCAAUAAUUAUAUAGUUGGCAGUGAGGAGGGAACAGUGUAUACAGCGUCCAGACACGGCAGUAAAGCUGGCAUCUGUGAGAUGUUUGAGGGCCAUCAGGGACCAGUGACAGGCAUCAGCUGUCACAGUGCUGUGGGCCCUGUCGAUUUUUCCCACCUUUUUGUCACUUCGUCUUUUGACUGGACUGUGAAAUUGUGGAGCACAAAGCAAAACAAGCCGCUGUACUCCUUUGAGGAUAACGCGGACUACGUCUACGACGUGAUGUGGUCGCCCGUGCACCCCUCGCUCUUUGCCGCCGUGGACGGCAUGGGUCGUCUGGAUCUGUGGAACUUGAACAACGACACUGAGGUGCCCACCGCCAGUGUGACAAUAGAGGGAGCCCCCGCUCUGAACCGCGUCAGAUGGGCCGCUGGGGGCAAAGAGGUCGCCGUGGGAGACUCAGAGGGACGAGUGUGGAUAUACGACGUUGGAGAGCUGGCCGUGCCCCACAGUGAGGACUGGGCCCGCUUCGGCCGCACGCUGAUGGAGAUCCGUGCCAACCACGGGGACGGUGAAGAGGAGGGCCCCGUGGAGCUGGCCACGUAAACACAGGAUCAGAGUCAUCACCAACCCAGACUGAGCCUGAUGUAACACACCCAAUUAGCAUGUCCACUAGUACUGUGCUGUUUUCUCCAAUAAAAGGGAUCGUUUAUCCAAAACAUGAAAAAUGGGUUACUAGGGCUGGGUAAAAAUAUUGCAUGAUUCUUUUUCUCCAAACCACUUAAACCACACUGAUUCCGUUGGUCAACUCCAAUCAUGCAGUCACCUGUCAAGAAAAGUUCAGAAAUAUCUUAGUUGGAUCAAAUCGAUACAAAAAGUAGGUCUAAUGCUAUCAGGAUGUGCUACCAAAGCUAUACUGAGUUUACAGUUUAGGUUGGGGUCAAGGGUUAGUAUUUGUUUUAACGUUGGGACCUAUACAGUCUUUAGAAUCAGCUGAAUGAUGGAGUUUUGUGCUUAAAGGGAUAGUUCACCAAAAAAUGAAAAUUACCCCAUGAUUUACCAUCCUAGCUGUAAAUGACUUUAUUCUUUCAGAUGAAUACAAUUGGAGUUAUAUUUAAAA